UCAAAAACAGUCGCAGCAGCGGAGAGCUUGAAUAAAGCUUUUCGCGAGCUACAUUUAUAACUUUAUUUGACCUUUCUAGGUCAAUAUAUCGUUUUUAUGUCGAUAUUGUAAGUCAGCAUCGCAAUUUUGUCGUUUUAAGUUAUCGUUUUUGUCGUUUUAAGUUGGUUUUAAACGAGCAUUUCUUUCAAAACUCAACUCAAAAUCGAAAAGUCCAUUAAAUUCACACACUUUAGUAUCUUGAACGUGAGACAUCAUGUCACCUGUGGAAGUAUGGGUUGGUCCUUGGAAGCCCCACAGGCCAAGGGGCCCCAUCGCUGCAAUGUAUAACAGUCCAGGGCCAACAUAUGCUCUGCCAGGGGCAACUGGAAUGAACAACCAUGACCCGCGGAUGCAGAAAGGCCCAGCGUUUAGCUUCGGCACACGUCAUCGUGACUUCCUGGCCAACUCCUCCCCAGGUCCCGGAUAUCUCGUUCCCUCCAACAUCACCAGGGUGGGUCGGGAUGGAACCCCUGCGUUCUCGGUCUAUGGCCGACCCAAGGAUAUUCAGCCCUUCAAGACCCCUGGCCCAGGCAGUUACUCCCCUGAAAACUCUACAAAGACCAUCUUUUACUCAGCCCCUGCAUUCUCUCUAUCUGCGAGGACUAAACUGUUUCGUAAUGAUCAAACACCAGGUCCAGCUGCAUACAUGCUUCCCCCAGUAUUAGGAUCAAGAAUUGUGAAUAAAGCAUCCGCUCCAAACGUCUCCUUUAGCGGUCGUAGCGCAAUUGGCAGCUUCCAUGAAGAUCUACGGAAGACUCCAGGCCCGGGGACCUACCAAGUGGUGGAUUCAGGUGUGUACAAACACAAGGCCCCAGAGUACAGCAUGACCGGACGCAACUUCACACCUGGAGACAUGACAAAGAAACCAGGACCUGGAGCCCACCAUCCAGAAAGGGUUACUUUCACAGCAAACAAAGCUCCCAGCUAUUCUUUUGGGAUUCGUCACUCCGAGUACACCGCUCCCAUAAUUGUGGAUGGGGCUGAUUAAACAGGUCAUUUCUGUUCUAAUAGAUUCUAUCAAACAAGCUACAAUCUGUCAUAUCAGGUGUUAUUAGUCUGCUAAAACAUACAACUUGAAAUACUGGUGUUGCAUUAAAAAAGGCUCAAGCAUGCAAUAAUUGUGUGUUGCCACUAUAUAAAAAAUAAACUCCAUUCAAAAACCAAGAACCAAAUCUACCUAGACUAGCAUUUUAACACAUCAGACACAAACUAGCAGUGCUAAGUCUGACUCCACCUUGUUGAGUUCAUGCACAGAAGU